ACAGGACCGUAAGAAWAGUUACAUCAAAUCUACCGAAAGACCUAAAGAUCGAUAUUUGUUUUGAUAAAUAUUUUUAGUACAUCAUUCGGUCGCGAUUCCGGUCACUYAACACUCAACAGAUGCGUUCAUUUUGAAUUUUGAUUCAUGCAGUCGCGAUCAUCUUAACUCCACCGCAUGUUUUGAUUCUGAAUUCCCAUGUCUUACAACAACAAUAGAAACAGCUUUGGCCGCGGAGGUGGAGGCGGCGGUUUUCGAGGAGGUCGAGGUGAUGGAGGUGGCCGAGGUGGAGGUGGUAAUUUCCGUGGUGGUGGAGGUGGCCGUGGUGGUGGAAGAGGUGGUUUCAAUAGAUUUGCAGAACAAGGUCCUCCAGAAGAAGUAGUUCCUCUGGGUUAUUUUACUCAUGCUUGUCAAGAUGAUAUUAUUUGCAAAGCUGAAAUGGAAGAUGUUCCAUACUUUAAUGCACCUAUAUAUUUUGCUAAUAAACAGCAAAUUGGAAAAAUUGAUGAAAUAUUUGGAACAUACAGCGAUUAUUUUGUGUCUAUAAAGUUAAAUUCUGAAAUUAAAGCAAAAUCUUUCAAAGGAGCCGACAAGUUGUACAUAGAUCCAGCAAAACUGUUACCAUUAAAGAAAUUUUUACCUCAACCUGGUGGCCAGAAAGGUAGAGGAGGCGGUGGUGGAAGGGGACGCGGUAGAGGUGGUGGUGGUCGCGGGGGCGGUGGUUUUGGACGUGGUGGCGGUGGAGGUCGUGGAGGUGGUAGUUUUGGUCGUGGAGGCGGUGGUUUUGGCCGUGGAGGCGGUGGAGGGCGAGGAUUUGGCGGCGGACGAGGAUUUGGUGGCGGCGGAGGAAGAGGAGGAGGACGAGGUUUCAAAAGAUGAAAAUAAUAAUUUUAAAAUAAAUAAAUAUUAAUUAUGUUAAUACUCAUAAUUGUUCGUUGACUUAAUGUAUUUGAACUUAAAGCCAAUUUUAUUGUACAGGUUUUUUUUUCAUGUACUUAUACUUAAGCUUUUAUUAAAAAAAAUAUAGAUAAAACAAAUGUCUAUUA